CCGUAAAACACAUGGUCCAACCUGUUACCUAACAAGGCCAGCGUCACUGAGCUGUUCUCGCCUUCUAAUGGGAACAUUGGCCUGGGACUAGAGCGCAGACCGACAAGUCAAAUACAGUGGCCUGAGCCAUCCCAAGAAGUCAGGAGCCUCUAACUGGAAACCUUCCACACCCUCUUCAAGCAGCUUACAGCAGCACCAACAGUUGCAAUGAAAGUUCUAAUUUCUUUUCUCCUUCUGUUGCUGCCCCUAAUGCUGAUGUCCGUGGUCUCUAGCAACCCAAAUCCAGGAGUUGCCAGAGGCCACAGGGACAAACACCAGGCUUCUGGGAGGUGGCUCCAGGAAGGUGGCCAAGAAUGUGAGUGCAAAGAUUGGUUACUGAGAGCUCCUAGAAGAAAACUCAUGGCAUUGCCCAGGCUGCCAAAGAAGCAGUGUCCCUGUGAUCAUGUCAAGGGCAAUGUGAGAAAAACCAGGCACCGAAGGCACCACCGGAAGCCAAACAAGCGCUCCAGAGCCUGCCAGCAAUUUAUCAAACGUUGUCAGCUAGCAAGCUUCGCUCUGCCUCUGUAGGAGCUCUGAGAGCCCACUCCCCCAAUGAAACAUUCUCAGUCAAGAAGGCAGUAAGCACCCUAGAGGAUGUUCUUCUCCCACCUCAGGCUCCCCCUCCCUGUCCUCACUCCCUAAAUCAUUCGCGUUCUCAAAAGGCAUUUUUUCCUCGAUUACUUUGAUUAUUGUUCCCUCCAGUGAGUUCUCUUAUCAGUCUUUUCCCGUGCCCUCUCCUUACCCAGGCUUAGUAAGCUUAAUUAUCUGAAAGAAACCAGGAAACCCCGGCUUCCUAGCUGGUCCCAUCUGACCUUAAAUACAACCCGCAACUAGCAAUCAGAAAUCAAUAAAUAUUUUUAAACGUAA